AUGUUUGCCUGUCGAAGGGCACACUUAGUUCCCCGAAUCCUCAAGCCCCGGUCUCAACUGCGGUAUGCCAGUCAAACAUCACCCGAAGCCCACCUAAACAAGCCCAUAGAGUUUAAGAAGGUCCCAUUCUUAUAUCACUCGCAGAAUAGUGCCAGGACAGCCUUUGGUCUUUCCCAGGAUGCCCCAAUCGAUUGGCAGAAUCUUCACGGGGCCAUCAAUGCUUCUUUACACCAUGCCUUGAAGACCGAUGAGAGCGUCCUCUUGUUUGGAGAAGACGUGGCCUUCGGAGGUGUUUUUCGCUGCUCAAAAGGCUUGACUGACGAAUUUGGAACAAGUCGCAUAUUCAACACUCCGCUAUCAGAACAGGGAAUCGUGGGAUUUGCCAUAGGUUGUGCAGCCGAGGGAAUGAAGCCUGUUGCAGAAAUCCAGUUUGCCGAUUAUGUCUUCCCGGCCUUCGACCAGCUAGUCAACGAAGCUGCAAAAUUCCGAUACCGAGAAGGUGCAACAGGCGGACAUUGUGGAGGCCUGGUCGUACGAAUGCCCUGUGGAAGUGUCGGACACGGUGCUCUCUACCAUUCGCAAAGCCCCGAAGCCUUAUUCACCCAUGUGCCAGGGCUACGAGUGGUCAUACCUCGAUCACCAGCUCAAGCCAAAGGACUUCUCACAUCGUCAAUCCUUAACUCCAACGAUCCAGUUAUUUUCAUGGAGCCCAAAAUCCUAUAUCGAGCCGCUGAAGAGUUUGUCCCUCGCGACCCAUACACCAUUCCACUGGACAAAGCCGAAAUCCUCAAAAAGGGCAAAGACUUGACGGUCAUCUCGUAUGGUCAACCUCUUUAUCUCUGCUCCGCCGCCAUCGAAGCUCUGGAGAAGGACAUCAAAGGCCUGAGCGUUGAACUCAUUGAUCUGAGAGCAAUCUACCCAUGGGAUCGAGCCGCCAUAAUGGAAAGCGUGAACAAGACCGGAAGAGCCGUCGUCGUUCACGAGAGCAUGUAUAACGCAGGCGUUGGUGCCGAAGUCGCCGCAAGCAUACAAGAAGGCGCAUUUCUUCGGCUAGAAGCUCCUGUUGCCAGAGUCACUGGUUGGAGUACCCAUCCUGGGUUGAUCUUUGAGAAGUAUAAUAUUCCGGAUAUUGCGAGAAUUUAUGACAGCAUGAAGCGAACUUUGGAGUAUUGA